CAAAACCCACUUCUCUCUCUCUCUCUCUCUCUCUCUCUAGAAUACAAUGGAGCUUCUCGUUCUUCUCUACGGCCUCUCCAUAAUCUACUUCCUCUUCACGAUCUGGAAACGCUUCGACGAGAAGAGAGACCAGGAAUGUUACAUUCUAGACUACCAGUGCUACAAGCCCACCGACGAUCGGAUGCUCGACACCGAAUUCUCCGGCGAGGUCAUAAAGCGGACGAAAAACCUCGGCCUUAAUGAGUACAAGUUCCUCCUCAAGGCCAUCGUCAGCGCCGGCAUCGGAGAACAGACCUACGCGCCGAGAAUCAUGUUCGCCGGAAGGGAGGAAUCUCCGACCCUCAUCGACUCCAUCUCGGAGAUGGAGGAAUUCUUCUUCGACAGUGUCGGGAAACUCCUCGACCGGUCGGGGCUUUCCCCGUCGCAAAUUGACGUCCUCGUCGUCAAUGUCUCUAUGCUCUCCGUCGUCCCGUCGCUCGCCGCCAGGAUCAUAAACCGCUACAAGAUGAGGGAGGACGUCAAGGUGUAUAACCUCACCGGAAUGGGCUGCAGCGCAAGCCUGAUUUCCGUCGACAUUGUCCGUCACGUUUUCAAAUCCCACCGGAAUCUUAACGCCCUCGUCGUGACAUCGGAAUCGCUGAGUCCGAACUGGUACUCCGGCAACGACAGAUCAAUGAUUCUCUCCAACUGUCUGUUCCGCUCCGGAGGCUGCGCUAUUCUGCUGACGAACAAGCGGUCUUUGAAGGACCGAGCAAUGCUGAGGCUGAAGUGUCUCGUCCGGACCCACCACGGAGCGAAAGACGACUCGUACGGAUGCUGUAUCCAGAGAGAAGACGACCAAGGACUCCUCGGAUUCCACCUCGCGAAGAAUCUCCCCAAAGCCGCAACGAGAGCUUUCGUCGACAACCUCCGCGUAAUCGCGCCCAAAAUUCUCCCACUCCGGGAGCUUCUCAGGUUCAUGGCGGUCUGGAUUCACUGGAAAAUCUCGAAAUUAAGCUCCUCCUCAAAAAAUUCCUCCAUGAAAGGAGGACUCAAAGAGAAGCCUCCGCUGAUCAACUUCAAAACAGGGGUGGAUCAUUUCUGCAUCCACACGGGAGGAAAAGCAGUGAUCGACGGAAUCGGAGUGAACCUGAAUCUGAGCGAGUACGAUCUGGAGCCGGCGAGGAUGACGCUCCACCGGUUCGGGAACACGUCGGCGAGCAGUCUGUGGUAUGUGUUGGGGUACAUGGAGGCCAAGAGGAGGCUGAAGAAAGGCGACACAAUUUUCAUGAUAAGCUUCGGAGCUGGGUUCAAGUGCAACAGCUGCUUGUGGGAGGUCGUCAGAGACUUAAAGGCCGACGGGAAUGUCUGGAACGACGACGUCGAGCAUUAUCCGCCGGAGAAGCUCACGAAUCCGUUUAUGGAGAAGUAUGGAUGGAUUCAGGAUGAGGAUCUGAGUACGUUCAAGUUACCAGAGUGAAGUUAACAGAGAAUAAGAGAAAAUUACGAAAGAUAAAAAAACAAGACACAGG